ACUAUCCUCAAUUUUCCAUCUCCUUCUAUGUAUUUUCUCAGCUGCCAGUCAAGAGAUUCCUGAUCAAAUCCUUAUAAAACCCUCCAACUUUCACCAUUGUUUCUCAUCUCUGAGAGCAGAACCCUCAAAACCCAUCUCUCAUUUCAAUGGGGGAAUUUCCUGGUCAUCGUCCUACCUUCAGCUGCAGGAAUUGCAGAAACCCCGUUGCUUUCUGGCAAGACCUCAUUUCUAAAGAUUUUUGGGGAAAAUCUGGGCGAGCAUUCUUGUUCCACCAUGCAAUGAACAUAGUUGUGGGGGAAAAGGAGGAGAAGCAACUCAUCACUGGACUUUUCACCAUAGCCAACAUCUCUUGCAGCAACUGUGGAGAGUUGAUGGGUUGGAAGUAUGUGCAGGCUUAUGAGCCAAGGGAGAGGUACAAGGAGGGGAAGUUCAUAAUUGAAAGAGCCAAGAUUGUUAAGGAAUACUAGUAGUAUUUAAAGGCCCCUUUUGAGGGUAUCAUUGUAAUAUUUAUAUCUAAAGAACCAUGCCUUAAACUUGUGCUUUAGAUGCAUAUGGUCUUUUGGUCUUUCCUAGCGGAA